AGUACUUUUUCCCUUACCACCACUGAAAAUGAUGUUCCCUGGUAUGAUGGCGCCUCCCCCCAAGGAGUACAUUGCCCCCAAGUACAAGGCGCCUCUGAGAGCUAUUGGCUUUGCGCUCUCUAUCUUUCUCAUGAUGCGCUUCGGUGACGAGUUGGAGAUGCCUGAGAACCCAAGGCAGUGAAAAGCUGAUAACUACACUUGUACUACUGCUGUGAUAAUUGCUGUUGCUGUGCCUGAUAGCAGUAUUCGUUUCUGAUGGUCGCAUAUGUUAAGUGAGUUGCUUCUUCGAAGAUGCCGAUUAGCUCAGUGCUAAGGUGUUAAGAUCAACUUUGCUGCUGGGGGAACAGUCUGCAUGAGUCGGGGCUUGUGCAUGGUACUCUCGGGUUUGAUUCCGUUCUUGAACUUCGGUUUAUCGAUUC